UCCAUCUUUCAAGUCUUUUUUGCGAUCAUGUCCAUCGAGUACUCCUGCGGCUGUGGGCGGCAGUACCCGCUGGCUGAACUGUACUGGAGUGACACGUGCAAGAAGAUCGUGUGUCCAUGGCCGACGUGCUCCCUGCAGGAGAUCGACUCGUACUUUUGUCGCUUCCAGAUGGACAACCUGCCGUCCAAGGAAGCGGCAACAUACAAAAACCGGUCGGCACGGACGUUUGCAUGUCCCGACUGCAAGAGCACGUUGCAAACUAUCAAACACGACAAAUACAUGUUCUUUUGCGCCCACUGUCGGUGGGAUUCGGACUCGAUCCAGUUGACCGAUGAAGACCCGGACACGUUGAUGAUGGUUGCGAACACACGAGAGCGAGAAGAGCACGUGUUCGACGUCCUGCUGUCGCACUACCAACAGAAAGCGGCGCAAACCUCAGGACCCCAUCACACGGGAACACGUUCCACAUCCAAGCGCUCGGUCACCACUGUGUCGUCGUCGAGAUUCCUCAAGCAAUCCCUUGCCAAUCGCAAGCAAUCUGUGCUCCAGCGCAACUGGAAGAUGGAAGACCUUGAGAUGAAGCUGAAGGAGACGUUGUCGACGGCGGCUUCAGCAGUCGAUGCCACUCUCGUCGAAAAGUGUCGGCUGAAAGUCCCGCAACACGAGCGCUUCCACAGCGUCGAUGCCGUCAAGGCGGCACAGACACACGAUAUGGCAGUCGUGUCUACGUUGGCCCAGAGGAAUCUGUGCACGCCAUUGUUGCAGUCGCGGGACGUGUCGGCGCUCUUCCCGUCGCGACCAGAUUUGCGCGUCAAGCGUUCGUGGCGAUGUGUGGAAAGCAUGGCAAGCGGCGCCCCCGGCAUCCUGGUGAAGCCCCAAAUCAAUCCGAUGACUGGCGACAGUUCUAUGGUAGUCGCGGCGUCGUGGUGGAAGAAGGCGUCGCUCGCCAUUCACGUGGUCCCGUCCAUUACGAUUCGGCGCCUGUGGGAACUCAACGCAUCAAGUCCGAACGAUGCUGUGGCGUGGUUGCUCGUGGAGAAUCCGCUCGAAGAGGACGUGGUGCUAGUGGUGAAGAGCAUCGAUGGUAACGCAAGGGUGCCGACAGCACCGAUACGAGUGGGCGGGUACGAAGACCCAAACUUGAUCGACAUCACUGGCGCCGACAUCAUCAAAUUCAUUGAUAUGGCGGAUGCAGACACGUCGGCAGUCCUUGUCUCGCGAAACUACGCCAAGAUCAAGCUGGAAACAUCGAUAGACUUUGUGGCAUCCAGGUCGCCCCUGGAACUCGACAUCCACGUGCAUGAUGCGUCGGCGGUCGACGGAAGCAGCGCCGAGAGUGACGUGUCGGCGAUGCCAUUAUUAUGUCGGUUUGUUGUCGCGCUGGAUAUCCCAGUGGCAGAUUCGCCACGAGGAUAACGGAUGGAGUUGACAAUGUUAACGGAGAGAUUACGACGAGGAUUCCAAGAAGAGGCGAAUGCGCUCCAGCAUGUCCGCCUUGACGGAGUCCGGCACGGAUGCUAAUGACACGAUUCAGUGCAUGGACGUCAGAUAACCUACGACACGUACAUCUUCCUUUCGGGGUGAUUUCUUCCACGAGAUCGUCGACCGUGAUUUGAU